GAAGAAGCAGUCCAACCCGAGAGCAGGCACGAAUUGACGUGCGCCUAUCCGCAUUUCUUGCCCAGCUGAUACACGUCGCCUGGACACAGUUUACCAACAAUGCAGUUCCGUCGAAAAAGUAGCGUUGGCCAGGCAGACGACACGCAUCGCGGAGGCGGCGCCAACCGACACCCAGAUGAGGCCCCCCGAGCAAACGGGAUAGCAGCCAGGCUAGCUGCGGGCUCGGCAUCACGGUCACCAGGGGCAACUACGGCCAUCAGGCCGGCUGGAACGUUCAACAACGCCCGCGAGGUACUCGAGUGGCUCGGCGUUCACCACGAAUCGCCGGACGCGCAGCGCUACGACUGUUACGCUGGCGGCCUUCAUCCCGGCAUUCCUGCAUCGCCACUGGCAGCUGGCCGCGACUUACAGCCACACUACGACGCAAAGCACGCCGGCUACGUACGUCGUCAAAGCUACGCUGGCAAGAGCCAUCCGCCUUACAACACUGCCGUCCGCACUGCCGAAGGCCAAGGUGACCAUCACGGUGACCAUCACGGCACUUUAUUCUCGUGGAUACCCAAAAUCUUCGAGGCGCCUGACGAGCAGGCAAGGCAGGCGGGGCAACCCGUGCCACCGCACGAUGCCACGGCAUUUCCGCUCCCCACUGCCGGGAACGUACAACCGAGUGUGUCGUCGCCUAGCAGCAUCAUUUACGGCUCUGAUUCAAGCAGCUUCUCAAUAAGCACGCCCCGGGUUGAUGGCUGUUCUUGUGAGGCUCGGUCAUUAUGCUGCGUCAUUUUCGGAAUGCUCCUGAUGCCCGCCUGUCUCUUUGCGCUGUCCUAUUUCUUCACGCCGAAAGACGUCGUUGCUAUGCCUCCGGUUACCAAGCCUAAAGGUUCUACCUCCUUUACGGCGAUGACGUUGCCAAACAUAUUUUCGGAGCAUGCCGCACCAUCCACGGCUGACCCAUGGGCAGGCGUUCCACCUCACUGCCGAGAGAGCAAGGCAAUUAACACCAAUAUUAGUGAACUCAGCUUAACGGCUUACAAACCUUUCGGACACCAAGCUUCGCAGAGAGUUUUCUGCCUCUACAACAACUCUCGCUUCCUAAGGGAUCAUUUGUUCGACUUCGUGCCGGAGAAUUUACCACUGAGCUACUGCAGCUACAUCGUGUACUGGUCGGUGGCCAUUGCGAACGCCACCGUUUCGAGUCGCGCCCAGCGGUUCGACGCUGCGUACGGUCUCUGGAAGCUCCGACAGGUCUUGAACAAACACCAACUCUCACAGAGGGUCGGCGUGCUCAUGGCCCUGGGCGGCUACCCCGAGGACAGCGCGCAUUUCUCCCGAUUGGGCAGAGACCCUUCGGCUAUGGCACGCUUCGUGACGAGUGUUAUUCAAACAAUCAACACUCACCGACUAGACGGAUUGACCAUUCACUGGGUGGCUCCACAUGUCACUUGCCAGACUGUCAAAGAUGACAUAACUAUGCCAGCCCUCGUCGACAAGUUUCGCGAAGCAUACUGGCUCAAUGGCUGGGUCAGCCCAGCAAAGCUGAUCACUGCCAUCUUACCUGUUGACCAGCGGUUUGCCAGUAGUACGUUAACCAGCGUCGUGGACCAGCUUGAUUUUGCCUUUUUCGAGACGCAUCUUAUUCGACCGACCGCGAGUACGUUUGAGCUGUGCAGUGAGGUGGCGGCGAAAGCGGCCGGGUUCCUGGAGAUAAUGUCAAGGUUUGUCCGCCUAGAAGACAGGAUCUGUGCCGGCGUCAGUAUGACGCCAUGGAUCCUCGACCUUCGAGGUCACCCUACUCUGGCCUCCAGAGCUUCGAACUUCACGGCCAUUCCGGGCACCGCUCCGUGGUUUGAAAUUUGCAGCGUCAUUGAAAUGUGCGUAGACACCACGGUGCAAAAAUGCAACCUAAUCAGGAUACCUUCACCUGUCUCGAGCACUGCGACUCCCUUGACCGCAUCCAGCGCCACUAGCGACGUCACCUCCGAUGCGACCAUGGACAUGAAUAGCACAGUCGACGUCAACAACACCAUGGACAUGAACACCACAAUGGACAUGAACACCACAACGGACACAAACGCCGCGAUGGAUGUGAACACCACGAUGGACAUGAGCAGCACCGUCUCAGCGAGCGCAAGGAGUUUCGAGCCGGUUGCGAUCGUGUUCCACACAAAUAUUACGCUCUCCCAUAUAUUUUUUCACGGCCUUCUGAGACCCGUAACAUACUGCGUACUUCUCUACGACUUGGACAUGGACAAUUAUGAAGAAACGUGUCCGGGCGCGGGCGUAGAGCGUGUGGCUCUGACGCAAUUCCACGAUGCUGUUAGCAUACCGUCCGUGAACUGGCUGCGCACGGCUUUUCCUCCAUGCUGACGGGAUAUUCACCGACGGUGUUGCUUCAUAUCCUUACCUACACCUAAUUAUAGUGUUUGUCUCUAUAGCGUUCUUUGAAGCGGGUGAACAUAUAGUACUGUUUUCUGUUUCUUUGCAGCGCAUGCGUAACAGACCGCAUGAAAGGACGUGGAACAAUUGCAUAAACAUUUUCAUUCACGGAAUGCUUAUAUGUCGAAUAAAAUUAGAUCUACGUGAAAAAAAAAAAACUUCAGGCACAGGACGUGCCGCGUGUCUCGAGUAAACGGCUUUCUCCGUUAUCCAGGACCGUCCGAAUUGAGGAUUUUAGAAGCCGGAAAUUCAUGUCGACUGCGUCAGUGGAAAUUGGCUUUCUGGUUUCGAAAAUACGCGCCUUAUUCUUUACAUAUGCGCUCAUU